GCAUGCACUAUAAUUAUUUGACUCUGCUACAUGCGCUAGCUAGCUAGGCGAUCCUGAAACGCAAUGAGUACCUCAAGUUCAAGUCAAAUCAUCAAAAGCUCAACAGCUGAGUACCAAGAUGGGCUUGCUUUUCGUUUUGCACUUCCUAAAGGAACUAAUCUUUCUCUCAGAGCUGUAGACUGUAAAGAUGGAGUUCCAAAACUCAGGUUUUCUACUUCUCAAAAAGUCCCUUCUAUCACGGAGGAGGAUGUUGCAGUAUGUGUAAAGCUAGCAGAGGAUAAGAGGAGACCUGAGUUCUUCUACACCAGGUUUCGUGCUGGCCAUCCUUUUUAUGCUAUGGGACGUAAUUACAUGCACCACAGCCCAGCGUAUCUGAAAAGGACCUCUGUUGGGGAGCUUUUUGCAGAGGCUGAUUGGAAGAUGAAAGGUCUCUAUGUUGGUGUAAUGAGCGAUGAUAAAAAGCAAAGUUUUCGAUCCUGGCCGGAAUUGAGUAAACUGGACAAACUUGAAACAUGUGAAAGUUUUGAACAAACCAAGGAAGAGGCUCAAGUGUUGAUGACAUGUGAAUCUGUUGACAUCGAGGAAGAAGAAGAACAGCUGAUUUUUGUUGGUGAACCAAAUAUGAAAAUCACUGAUACUGGGUCCCCAUCAUAUACUGAUUACAUCACCGAGAAUUUUGACCGCAUUGCCUACUAUGACGAGCCUACAUUCUUGAAAAUGAAAGAGAUUGUCAAACUUAUGUUAGGCAUCGAGUGGCUGAGAGAUAAGGGUGUGAAGUUUAGCAAAGAAUGGGUUCAGACUCACAGUGUUAAGCCAACGACGACACCCCAGCAGCCAGUUCAGGUUACCCUCUCGAACGAACAGAAGAGCGAAAUCUUAGGACAAAUGCAAGAAGCUAUUAAUUCUGCCAUGGAGGAGGUUCCUCAAAUUUCUAGUCUCCCAUCCAGCGAUCUUGACGUUUGUCAUCCACAGGUGUCUCUGAAAGAAGCAGAUGUAAACAGUUUUGAUUCAGGCAUUGAGUUCAAGGUCAAAAUUACACGUGCCGAGCCCAUCUUCGAAGCACUGACAGGUCUGAAUGUACCACUGGUCACAGAGGUAAAAUGUCGAGUUACUUUAGAUGACUUUGACUUCUUGUACGAAGGAAUUGAUCCAAAUGCACCGGUAACAAAAUACGAAAAUGGAGACUAUAUUAAGCCUCAGGUUGGUUCAUUUGCAGAGCUUUUCGCUGAAACGAUGCCCUUCCCAUGUGUAAAGAUCGACAUGAAAAAUGAACAAACGAUACUCACUGGGGGAUGCACCACUACCAGUAUUCCUGUGCGAAAAACUGUUCUAUCAUCUGCACCUGUAGAAACAGCUACUGUUAGAGCCUCUAGUGUUCGAAAACAGAAGAAGAUUGUAUGUACACCGUCCAAACAACAAGCUAUGCCACCUACAAAAGUUGCAAGCACAGUAGAAUCUACUGCCUUGAGACAGAAAGAUGCUAAGAAAACAUACGGAUGGACCGACAAAACUUCUUCAUCUCUCUCAACCAGUGAUGGCCAGGUAGCCGAACAGUUCUCCUCACUGCACGGUAUGUUCAUGAUAACACAGCUGAUUGGAGGUAAAGAAGUUGGGCCUCCUAUUAGAUAUGGAAUGCAUCUACGCUUGCCCAAAGUACAAGAGACCACACAAGCUAUCGACUGUGCCCCUUGCAAAGACAGCCCUCACUGUAAAGACAGUGCUUAUUCAAGUAUGCAUAGCUUAGUUGCUAACUGAUCCAGGAUUUAUGUUACUGUAACUAUUGAUGCUGGUGUGCACGUAUCUGUAUACCAGACAUUUAGAGCUGUAAACUGGCUAAGAAUAAUUAUGUGACUGUUGUUUUUACUGAUUACCCACGAAUAAUUGUCAUGUAAUUAUAGAUCAACAAUUUUUAUAAUGCUGUUUUUUCUGAAUUUUGAACUCCA